UGCUGGUGAUGAGGAGCGUGUGACUGAUCAGGGCUGACAGGAGGGACUGCUGAGAGCAUCCUCUGAGCCGCUCCACCUGACCGACUCCUUCAGAGGCGCACCGAUCAUGAAGCUGCCGCCGGGUUUAUCCAGACUCCACCAUUUCACCCCAUGCUCCACAGACGCACUACGUAAAGAUUCAACUUAAAGUGCAAGCGAUGUCUUUUUUUUCCUUCUUUAUUUUUUCAACUUGAUCAUUCUCUGGCCUGGCUUUGGGAUUUUUAUUCAGUGCGUGACCGAGUCGAGGUGCUUCUUGUUUUCCCGGAAAAAAACCGAGCAGGAUCGGACUGAUUCUUUCCCCGCUGCUAUUAUAACCAAGGAAUCGAUGGAAGCAAUCCAAUCAGUUUUUCCUUUAACUGCUCAAAUAUGGAGCAGAUUUUCCUUAAGAUAAAAUAAUCAGCUGGAUCCGGGUCAGGCUUCAGUAAAGCUAACAAAUGGUCCAAUCAAUAGAAGCUGGACGCAGUCUGAAAUAAGGAGGAUAUCAAUAACAGCCUAAUACAAAACACACGCACACCCACACCCCCUUACAGACACCCACAUAUAGAUCAUGGCGCUGGAGAACUCCAUCUUCCCAUCCCGCCCCGACUCCCUUGCCCUUCCCGUGGAAGAGAAGGGCGAAGGGGAGGAAAAGGAGGCGGUAACGAAGGUCAUUUCUUCCGCUGGGGUCUUCAACGUUUCGGAGGAGCUGGGGCAUGUCGUCACCACGCAGACGACACCUUCCCCUCCGCCCACGGCCAAAGUCAAAAGGUCUUUCCAGUCCAAGCUCGCAGAGCGGGAGGCCACCGCCAAUGUGCACAGGAAGAAGACCCCGGGGACUGAGAAAGAGAGGGGGCGAUUCGGAUGGGCCAGGGCUCGGCGUAAGAGGCAGCGCUACGUGGAGAAGAAUGGCCGUUGCAAUGUGCAGCACGGUAACAUGCGGGAGACGUACCGCUAUCUGACUGACAUCUUCACCACGCUGGUGGACCUCAACUGGCGCUGCUCGCUCUUCGUCUUUGUCAUGGCCUAUGCUGUCACGUGGCUCUUCUUUGGUGCUAUCUGGUACCUCAUAGCCUACUGUAGGGGGGAUCUGGACCAUCUGGAGGAUGAGGCGUGGACGCCGUGCGUGAACAAUGUCAAUGGUUUCAUAUCAGCCUUCCUCUUCUCCAUCGAGACAGAGACCACGAUUGGCUACGGAUACCGUGUCAUCACCGAUCAGUGUCCAGUGGGAACCAUGCUGCUGCUGCUGCAAGCCAUACUGGGAUCAAUGGUCAAUGCUUUUAUGGUCGGCUGUAUGUUUGUGAAGAUCUCACAGCCUAACAAACGAGCUGAGACACUGGUGUUCUCCAAGCACGCUGUUAUCUCCCUUAGAGAUGACAAGCUCUGUCUGAUGUUCAGGGUGGGCGACCUUCGGAGUUCUCACAUUGUGGGAGCAAAUAUGAGGGCAAAAUUAAUCAGGUCCAAGCAGACUCAAGAGGGAGAGUUUAUCCCUCUUGACCAGACAGACAUCAGUGUGGGUUUUGAGACGGGUGAUGACCGACUUUUCCUUGUUUCUCCACUGGUGAUCUCUCAUGAAAUUGACUCCCGGUCCCCCUUCUGGGACAUGUCGCAGGCUCAGCUGGAGAAGGAGGAUUUUGAGAUUGUGGUCAUUCUGGAAGGAAUGGUCGAAGCCACUGGUAUGACAUGCCAGGCGCGGAGCUCCUACCUGGGGGAGGAGGUGUUGUGGGGUCACAGGUUCAGCCCCAUGAUGCUGCUGGCAGAAGGCUUCUUUGACAUUGACUACGGAGCCUUUCAUCACACAUUUGAGGUGGACACGCCCUCCUGCUCGGCACGAGAGCUCGCUUUGGCCGCGGCCAGACUGGACGCUCACCUCUACUGGUCCAUCUCCAGCAGGCUGGAUGAAGAGCCCACGCUUACAGAGCAAGCCGCCAAGCAGCCGGACAGCAGCUCGGCCAACAGCAGGACAGGAGAGCCGAUCUUCACCAUCGGGGAGAUGACGGACAUCCAGGAGCAAUCCGCUCUGGGGGAGCUGAACGGCAGCAUCACCACCGAUCAAUCUGAAACAGAGGCCUAGAACAGAGAAUGUUUACAAAGAACCUUUAGUAUAUCACCACCACUUCAUAGCUGUUUUAAAGACUCUUUUCGAGGCAGAUGAGGAGUUUCAAUCGACCCACAGGUCCCGCAGUAAAUGCCAUAACCUUGUGUUACCUUAUACAAAUGUUUAUUUUUUAAUAUUUGUCUUUAAUUUGUUAUGAGUGUGCUCUAUGUGCAUAUCUGAUGAUUUGUUGUAUUCGCUCUAAUCACCCUUGCCUAUAUCUACUUUCAAAUGACAAUACUAUGCUUCAGGUGGGAUAACAGUCCGUCCUUUGGACAGAGAAAAUGUUGCACAGGCAUUAAUUUGUCUUUUCUGGAUGACGUUCGGUGAUUUUAAAUAAAAGUAUAAUAAUUGUUUCCAUUUAAAAUAGGUACAGUGCAUAGAUGCUUUACGGUCAACUGCACAGUUUUAGAUAAUAUAGAAAUACAAACUUUUUUAGAUUCAAAGAUUAAGUUAGAGUUGAGAAAUUACAUGGUUAAAUAAACAUUUCUCUUUUUUAUUUGGCUAGAAACUUUUAUUUAGAGCUAGUAAGUUGUUUAGUAACGGUUUUGUUGAACAAAAACAUAUAGAAGAACAUCAGUGGUGUAGAUCCUGCCGUGAUAUAAGCACAAAGGGCAGAGUUAUUUAAAAACACUUAUAUACAUUUAAUAAAAUUACUAUAUUUCAAAACAUUUGGUGAACAGACUGUCUGAAACCUUUUUAAAAAGGGUCAACGUCCAGACAUCUGUUAUAUAAACAGGCAUUUUCAAAAGGUUAUUGCUUUGGUAACAAAACA